CGCUAGUGAACGGAUGCCAAUCACGAGUCCAACACACAUGUUUACUAUGUGUAUAAUCUCAUUUUACUUUAAUAUAUUCUAUAAUAAUGUUUGUAUAUAGAUUUUGUAUUGAUGUACAUUAUAAAUGUUUAAUCUAAAUCAAUAUAUCAUAAAAUAAUUUAAUUAAAACUGACAUUCUAUUAAUAUCUGUUCUCUUUCUAUAUAAAGUCUACAUUAACAACGAAGUGUAUACUAUAAUUCGUAAUAUUUAUAUUUGCAAAUAAAGUCUUAUCGAUGACUGGAUGAUAAAAUUGCGUAACAUGAAUCAUACCAUAUUAGUACAAGAAUCACUUUGGUGUAUUUUAUUAGGUUAGAUCAUUUAUAAUAAAACGGUUCUGUUAGAGAUCUCUCUCGUAUAUUCUGUAAAAGACUAAAUUAUCACACCAUGUGUACUUUCCGGUGAUAACUGUGCACAGGAAAGAUUACGUUAGUUUACUAUCAGUAAACUGAAAUGCAAUCAUGGAAUGCAACGACAGUGUAUCAGAAAUUAGCAGGAUGGCAAGCGGUGCUAAAGCAAGAGAACUACUGCCCUUUAACACACUGACAGAGUUAUAUAAUGCUCUGGACAAUGGACUAACAGAAUUACCAUUGAUAUAUAUUGCGGAGUCAGUGGAUUAUGUUUACCGAGGCUCAGAUAUCAUCGCACAGAAAGUUCCACUGGAAAGGGUGGAUAGGGCUGAUCAGCCCAGGACAUUGGUCUGUCAUGAUAUGAAAGGUGGUUAUCUCGAAGACAGAUUCUUACAGGGUUCUACCUCUCACGAUUCUUAUGUGUUUUACCACUGGAGUAUCGUUGAUACAUUUGUUUACUUCAGUCACCAUUUCGUGACUAUUCCACCUUGUGGCUGGAUCACUGCGGCUCAUCAGCACGGUGUAAAAGUCCUGGGUACAGUGAUCACAGAAGGAAGUAACAAUACUUGGGACACGAUUCUUGCGUCGCAAGAGAACGCGAGAAGAUUCGCAGAUGCUCUAGUAUUGAUUGCAAAAAGUUACCAGUUUGAGGGCUGGCUUCUGAAUGUUGAAAAUAAGAUCAAGCAGGAAGAUAUUGAUAAUUUGAUUUACUUCGUUAAGUAUCUAACAGAGAGUAUUCACAAUGAGAUUGAAGAUUCUGAAAUCAUCUGGUAUGACAGCGUUACUAAUAAGGGUGAAUUAAAUUGGCAGAACGAACUCAAUGAUAAAAACAAAGAAUUUUUCUUGAACUGCGAUGGUAUAUUCUUAAAUUAUACCUGGACGGAAUUGCGACUGAGCAAUAGUUGUCUAUUUGCAAAGGAAUUAGGUCGCGAUAUUAAAGAUAUUUAUGUUGGAUUAGAUGUUUGGGGAAGAGGCUGUCCUGGCGGAGGCGGCUUUAACUCCGCAUAUGCGCUAAAUUUGAUACGGGAACAAGGGCUCUCAGUAGCAAUCUUCGCUCCUGGAUGGACACACGAGUAUUUUGGUCCAAGCACUUUUUUAAUUUUAGAAGAUUUAUUUUGGGCUCAAUUGUUCCCUUAUUUAUACAUACAUGUACCUAUUUUUGAGGAUGACACAUUUAAAACUUCUUUCUGUCGAGGUGCUGGUAUCUGCUAUUAUUAUAAUGGCGAGGAACAUUUUGAACCGUAUAUCAUAAAUGGCGAAAGCACACCCGAGAAUAAAGCUUUUUAUAAUUUGCGAAUGCAACAACUGCAGUUGGCAAUCCCUGUGCCACAUCUACAAUUUACGCAAUCGAAACUACGAAUUCUUAAUGAUGUUGAAGAUAAAAAUAUUGAAAAUGAAAAACAAAGUAGUAAUGAACAUAACAAAAGUAAGGAUGCUAAAAAGAAAGAAACCCGAAUAGAACGUAUUUAUGAAAAUAAGAAGAGCAUUAUACGAGUAUGUGAUAAUAUCGUCCAGUUUGAAAAGAAAUUAUCUGCCGUCGAUGUUAAUACUUUUGAGUUUUGCAAUCAAUUUUCUUACAAUGGCGGUGGAUGUUUAAAGUUAAUUACCAAAGAUCAUAGAUUGUAUCACAGAUUAUUCUUGGUUCACAUCGAUUUGAAGCAAGAUAUACAGGCAACCAUCGUUUAUGCAGAACCCGAAAUGACUUCUUGGCGAAACGAAUUUAACAAAGAUCCCAUUCUGAUUUUGGGUAAUAAUGGUAAUUUAAAAUCAGUCUUACCGUAUGACUUUGUCAGAGUAAACGCCAAAUGGAGAAAAUGCAUAUAUCUGACAAACUUAAGGACCGUAGAUGAGAUCGGCGUGUCUUUCCGGACAGAAUGCGAUUGUUACUUAGGCGAGAUCGUUUUGGAGAAAAGGAGUCAUCGUUUUGAUUACGUUAUCAGAGACAAAUGAAAUAACACUGAAGACAUAGUAGAAAGAAAGACAUAGUAGAAAGAUGGAAGAGUAGCCCUAAUUUAUUUGAAGAUUAGACAACAAUUUUACGGAUGAUUACGGAUAAUUUUACAUUUGGAAAAUUGAGAAAAGCAGGAGUCUCUUUUAGAAAGGACAGUGAUUCAUGAGAGUUACCAAUUGAUCUGACAUUGCGGAUCAAGUAGAGCUUUUCGUGUGACGAGCGCAACUCUCGUCGUGACAAAAUUGAAUUGUCGAUCAGCGUAAGCUGGAUGUCGAAAACUUUCUCCCGUGGCAUGUAUGUACCGCAUGCGCGCAUAUUGUAUGUAAAAUGUGCAAGUAGGCAAGUGCCUGCGCGAGAAAUUGAUUUUACAGUGAUAUUUGUCGUACACACUUUCUACGGGCAUGUAUAGGGUGUCCCACGCUAAGUGCAUUCGAAUAAAAAUUAUCGAAACGGCAAGUUCAUCGGAUUUUUUUUUUGCAUCGUCGCUUUGUGACCGUAUUUCCGUUUAAUUAAAACGGAAGUUGUCCAAGAGCGAGAAAGAAAUUUCUCACGGAGUAUUAUUGGUCGAAUAAUUGGCGAUUGCAAAUAAAUCCGUUUUGGCAACUGUGAGAAAAAUUCUCGUGAUCAAUACAGUAAAUCUCUCUUUCUCCCAAUUCCCACGUAAUUACGUACGCGAUUAUAUUCUAGCGUAGGGAAUUGUUGUUUGGGAAAGAAGAUUAAGUCUUAACAGUCUUAUACUCACUGUUACUUUCUGUAACAUGUGACUACCGUGAAAAUGAUGCACCUGUGUUGAUAGUAAAAGCAAGCAUGUGAAUUACGUAUCAAUAUUAUUAAAGUGAAUUAUGGUAUGGAUAGAGAUAAUUUGAUCCAAAUGACUUUAACCUUAAUUUCGUUUAAUUUUAUUCACUCGAUAAAAUAAUUCGAUCUUAAAUCGUGCAACGUAUUAAUUUCUAUUU